AGUUCCUAGUUUGUACCCAUUUCCUGUCUACUCAGAUUUUUGAAAAUGUCCGUUUCCUAUUCGGAUCUUGCCCUGUCCCGGACCGCCAACGUAUUAUGCUUCUAUCCCGACCGGAGAAGGCGAAUACCCGAGCAUCAUCGGGUACCGAAUUCUCUCCUCCCGCCGGUGAGGCCGACGUCGUUAUAUGGCGUCGCUGUGGAGAAGAGGAAGAAGAACGAUUCGAAGCCGUCGAUCUGUACCGCCGACGAGUUACACUAUGUCUCUGUUCCCAACUCUGAUUGGACCCUCGCUCUCUGGCGCUACCUUCCUUCUCAUCAGGCGCGGCCGAGGAAUCACCCCCUGUUGCUAUUGUCUGGGGUUGGGACCAAUGCUAUUGGAUAUGAUCUCUCCCCUGAGUCCUCUUUUGCACGCUACAUGUCUGGCCAAGGAUUUGAUACAUGGAUUCUUGAAGUUCGUGGUGCUGGGCUGAGCACACGUGGAAUGGACUUUGGGGAAAUUAAGCAGCCUCUCAAUGCCAUAAGAGAUUCCUCGGUUAAGCAUGGAGUGGAUGUUCUUCCUUCAGAUAGACAUUGUACCUAUGACUCUGGUGCUUUUGCUGAUUCUGACAUCACUUUUGUCAAUGGGAAAACUAAAAGGACUGUGUCUAAAUCAAAUGACGUGAAUUUAGUUACUAAAUUUAGGGAAACUUUCUUGCGUUUAUCAGAGAAACUUUCGGACUUUUUAAAUGAAGAAGCAGGACAAUUUAGGGACUUGAGUGAAUGGCUUGCAAAUGUCAUUGAAGAAAGUCAAGUGCCAGUUCCAACACAGUUUUUGGACUUCCGAGAGCGUUUUUCUACAACAUUAGAUGAAUUACAGAUGCAACUGGACCUGAUCGUAAACUACGAUUGGGACUUUGAUCACUACUUGGAAGAGGAUGUGCCUGCUGUGAUGGAGUACAUAAAGAAUCAUUGCAAACCAAAGGAUGGAAAGUUGCUUGCAAUUGGUCACUCAAUGGGGGGUAUCUUGCUUUAUUCGAUGCUGUCUCGAUGCUGCUUUGAAGGAAGGGAUUCUGGGCUGGCAUCGGUUGCUACUUUGGCUUCUUCACUUGACUACACGUCUUCAAAAUCAUCACUCAAAUUACUUUUGCCUCUGGCCGACCCUGCAGAGGCUCUAAAAGUUCCUGUUCCAAUUGGGGGACUGCUUUCUGCUGCCCAUCCUCUUGCUUCUCGUCCUCCUUAUGUUUUGUCUUGGUUAAAUCCUCAAAUUUCAGCCCAGGAUAUGAUGCAUCCAAAGUUGUUUGAAAAGCUUGUUACAAACAACUUUUGUACAGUACCUGCCAAAGUUCUAUCGCAGCUGACAACAGCCUUCCAAAAGGGUGGUUUACGUGACAGGAGUGGAACUUUCUUCUACAAGGAUCAUUUACGCAAAACCAAUGUCCCUAUUUUAGCACUUGCAGGAGACCAAGAUCUAAUUUGUCCACCCGAAGCUGUCUAUGAGACUGUGAAGCUGAUUUCUGAAGAUUUGGUUGCUUACAAAGUUUUAGGAGAACCUGGAGGUCCACAUUAUGGUCACUAUGAUCUAGUCGGAGGUCGUUUGGUAGCCGAUCAAGUGUAUCCGUGCAUUAUUGAAUUUCUCAGUCGCCAUGACAAGAUUUGAUUUCCUCAUUUUGUUUUCUCUACUUGAGAUUUGGUUCAAUUCUUUUGUCCAUAUAGAAGUGAAACUGAAAGAAAAUUCCCAAAGAAAGGAGGUCCCUUCAUAGUUAUAGAGGAAGAUUGUAUACGUUGUUGUAUUUAGUCCCAUUAUGUACCUUGUUGUAAAGUAAACAUCAUACGACAAUUGAAAAGAUAUAACAAUUUUUUUUU